GAGUAACAUUUUUUACGACAACAAUCAAACGCCAUUUUAAGCUUAGUUGUCUUUCCUCUCUUUUUUUUUUUUAUUGAAAUUCGUUGUAUUUGAGGUAAGAAGAAAAUGUCAUGGAUAAGAACAGCAGUGAACAGAGCGGUGGAAGUAGGAGGAAACAACAACUUGACACGCACCGUCCGGAGCGUCGCCGAUUCCGUUGUGCAACAUGCUGGGUCCGCCGUGGUGGAAGGUGCCAAGAUUCUCCAGGACCGCAUUGCGGCCAGGAAUAUGCAAAACUUUCGGAUAACGGUGAAAAGACUUGAAGAAGUUUCGGUGUCAUGUAGAGGAGUCGAAAGGGUCCAACUUUUAAGAAGAUGGGUCGUCGCCCUUAAAGAAAUCGACAGAUUAUUCAAUGAUCAAAAUGAUAAAGAUAUUAAUGAUGAUAAAGACAACAAUGACACUACUAGUAAUAAUGAUAAUGACAAAAAUAUUGAUGAUCAGUUUUCUUUCGAGGAGAUUAAGGAUUCUCCAAAAAAGCCAACUUUGGUUUAUUACUUUGACCCUGAAAUUGGUGAACCAAUGAAUUUUCGGGAGGUUUUUCUUUAUAGCCAAGCUCUUGAAGGAAUGACAUUGUCAAUGAUUCUCGAAGCACCAAAUGAGGAGGAAGUUUCACUAUUUAUGGAGAUAUUUCGGAUUUGUCUUGCAGGAGGGAAGGAAGUUCAUGAAGCAGUAAUGACCAGCAUAAAGAAUUUAGCAAUGACAUUCUCAAACUACCAGGAGGAAGUAUUGGUAAAACGAGAAGAAUUACUCCAAUAUGCAAAAGCUGCAAUUGCAGGGAUCAAAAUAAAUGCUGAUCAAGCAAGAAUAGAUGCUGAAGCCUACAGUCUUAAGGAAAAACUUGGAGAAAUGAAGGCACUCCAGAACCCGUCAAGUGAAGGUCAUGAAGAAUCAUCUGAAAAGAAAAUUGCUGCAAUGAUAGAGGAUCUUACAGAAGCUCUUGGACUAGUAAGGCUAUAUUCCAGAUUGGAGGCACUCUUACUAAAGAAAAAAUCUUUAAGCAAUGGGGAUUCUCCACAAUUUCAUGCUGAAAAGGUGGACAAAUUAAAAGUUUUAUCAGAAUCUCUCAUUAACUCAACAUCAAAGGCUGAAAAACGCAUUUUAGAGCAAAGGUUUCAGAAAGAAGAAGCGCUUAGCUUUCGUGUUGCUAAAGCCAACGAAGUCAGCCAACUUGAGAAGGAACUGGCAGCUGGGAUUCGAGAGCUUGAGAAGCAAAAAGAUAAACUUGAAGCUGAACUUAAAAAGGUUAAUGCAUCACUUGUUGCUGCUCGUUCACGCCUUCGCAAUGCCAGGGAAGAGCAAGACCAUUUUGAUGAUGCCAGUAACCAGAUUCUAUUACACCUGAAAACAAAGGAAGAGGAAAUUUCAAAAUCUAUUGCUUCAUAUAGCGUAGAAGCAGGUGUCAUCAAUGCAUGGAUUAAUUUUCUGGAAGAUACAUGGUUUCUUCAAACCACCUAUAAUGAACAAAAGGAGAAGCAGGUCAAUGGUGAACUAGAGAGAUAUGGAGAAUAUUUUGUGAAUCUGGUCAUUCACCUUUUUUCUGCUUACAAGGAACAACUCGGGCCUUCUAUCUCACGAAUUAGGCAUCUGGUGGAGACCUUGGGUUCAAGUGGAAGGUUAGGGGAAACAGCUAAGACUGAAUCUCAAAAAGGUCUUAACCAAAGAAAAAAUGUUGAAGAAGAAUAUCUGAACCUUGAAUCCAAGUUUAUAACUUCCUUCGGUGUAGUGGAUUCAAUGAAAUCACAGUUUUAUUCUCCAAGUGAAGGCAUUCACAGGAAAAAUGAUGAAAGGGUCAAAGAGCUAUUUGAUGAUCUUGAAAGUAUAAAGCAAGAAUUUGAAUCUAUUGAGAAACCAACCUUACAAGUUGAAACUCCAAGGCAAAAAUCACAGUCACCGUCCAGUGCAAAGUCACAGAAAAAUCCAUGGUCGCGAUUAAAGGCUGCCACGAUUAAGGCACAACAGAAGAAAGUGAACUUUGAGUUGGAAAAUGAUGAUGGAGAAAGUUCGGAAUAUGAGAUGGAGGAGAUUGUAGAGUGGGAGUAUGAUGCAUUUGAAAAGGAUCUAAAACCCAGCAACUAAUCAAAGCAACCAAACAUUGCCUAAUUUAUCUGGUAUAUGGUGUCAUGAUAUGCCUCUAGAAAGAGAUGAAGCUAUCUUAUUGUUGUGGAGGUUAAAAAAAAUGUGUAAGAUAUCUAGUUACUUCAGCAACAGCUGCAAUCAGAGAACUGAUAGUUCAUUGUAUGUCCAAUAUUGUGGUGUAAAUUCUCCAAAUUUUUUUUUUUUAACUGAAAUGUAUAGAUAACUCUGAACAAAUGUUACUUAUGUAUAUUUCUUUAAGUCAAGCUAUCUUCCAUGUUCUUCAGCUCUAUGUUUCUGUUUGAUCACAAGAAACUUACUCGUGUUUUCAUGCAGGGGAGGAGGAUGUCGAGAAUGAAAUGAUAACAUUACUCGGACUUGAUCAUAAUUAUCAACAAAAAAUUGGGUUUAACUAGAUAUUGAAGGGGAUUUUUUCCUUAAUUUUUACCAGCAAAAUAUGCAAAACAAGAGGUACAAUGGUGCUUCCGUCAAAAGGGUUGAUUGCAGCGACGGUGAC